GCGAAGAAGAACUAACAUAUUCAUCGCGCAUCUCCGACAGUAGUUUGCAGUUUCUUCUGGUCUUCUUUUAGUGCUUCUGAAAACAAUCGCCGAUCUUCGAACGCCAGGGCUGCAUCCUGCUGUGGCACUCGUCCAUCCACCGCUUCGUGUUGUGUGCAAGAAUUUUUCGAUCGUUUUUUUUUUUCGUUUGCUGACUGGAAGGGAAACCUCUUUUGGUGAUGUGGUUGUUGGUUCUCCUUCUGACCGGAGCUGAAUUGAUCGCGACGGCAGAAGAUAUAGACGCAAAUAAAGAUGGAGAAUUGUCGAGAAAAAUAUUAGGACAAAGCGUCGUCACUUCUGUGUCAGUCGUAAUGGACAUUGGCAACGGAACCAAAACGAUAUACUCCGAUCCAUUGGGCAAACCGAUGGACAAACCUUUAAGUUCUUCCGAUGUGGCCAGUCCUAUAAAACUUCUCAAUCCUGAUAGAUACGAGUUUUACACCUUUGACGAUAAUGGAAAUCUAGUCAGACGGUUGAUGUCAUUGGAAGAAAUCAAAGGGAUCAUAGCUACAGGUGACAGUGACGGUUUGGAAUACGACUCCGGGUUUUCAGAGGCUUACAUACCAGAAAAAAGAGUCAAUGAUGUUCUGAGUAACGUACAGAAUGUGUUAAAAGAAGAAAUGGAAAUACAUAGUACUAAAUUAGAAGGUUUCCCCACAUUAGACACACCAGAUGUAUCGGAUUCUUGGAACAUGAUACUUCCAGCAGUUUUCGGAAACUCUGGAGCUGAUAUUACUCCUGAAAAACCACCUUUGCAUGUAACGCCAGAUACUAUCAUGAUAGAACCUACUGAAAAACAUCACAGUACGCCUAGAUCUACGCCUAUAACUAGUCCUUCGACAAUAGCUUCUAACAAAGUCUCUGGAUUUCCUCCUCUUUCAAGUUACUCUACAUCUACCACUACUGCUGCUUCUACGUCCACCUCUACAGUCGCUUCUACGUCUACAUCUACAGUCGCUUCUACGUCUACUUCUACAGUUUCUCCUACUUCAACAUCUCCCGUUACCUUCACUAGUGCGUCAACCUCCCCUUCCACUUCAACCUCAACUUCUACAUACGCUACUUCUACUCCAACUUCUAAGUCUACCUUUAUUCCAAUAUUUCCUAUCACCUCUACCUCUUCUGCUAGUUCAACGUCUACACAUAAAUCUCCCUCUAUCACUACUUAUACCUCUCAUCCUUUUGUUGCUUCCAUUUCUACAUCACCUACUAUUUCUGUUGCUUCAGAAAAACCAACGAAAGAAGCUGAAAGAACGACAGUAUUAACCACUGAAUCUAAAGAGGUUGCCACAAACUUAGAUGCAAUUAGUGAUUUCAGUACGAAAGAAUAUAUUCCUAUUAGUACAAUAACGGCACAAAAACCAGAUAGAACUACUGGUUCAUACCAAGAUACUCAGAGUACUUACAUUCCUGUAACUGAUAAGUUUAUUAAACUAGAUACUGUCACUUCUCCACAACCAACGCCCAGUAAAAUUCAUUUUGUUAAGAUUGAACCACUUACAUCUACGACAGAGUUAUCUACAACAGAAGAUGAUCGGUUCAUAACGGAAUCAGCGUCAAGUUCAUCUACAAAUAAAAAUGUGCCAGAAGAAAGCGUAACAAAUUUGCAGGAACUAACCAUACAGUCUGUUGAAUCAACAAUAAACUGCACAUCAGACAAAAAUGAGAUAGACACCACAACUACACCACCAUUGAUCGAUGAUAUUAAUGCCAUAGAUAAAAUAGCUGCACCAGAAAUUUUGAAUCAACUCUUUGCGACACCAUUGGUUCAUGAUAUUAACAGCGAAAUUAUGAGAGAUACAAUGAACCAGCUUUUGAACAACGCUCCAACAGAAAUUAGCAAUGAUACAUUCGAAACAACUACAGAAAAUAUUAGUUCUACCGAUACAAAUGAAUCAACUUUCUCUUUAAGGGAAGGAACAACUGUGGGUAGUACUUUAACUACAUUAGGAGAAAUAUUUACAGUGAAAAUUCCUUUAUUACCUGCAGAAAAAGACAAUGUAAAUACAAUUGCUAACGACUUUAGUGAAACUGAAGGCACUUCUAUAAUACCUACUACAUUUUCAGUAUUAAACAACACAUACAUGUCAACUAAAACAGAAAAAGUUGUUACCACUCUUCCUCACAAUAUUUCUACUAUAGAAACCAAUAGAAAACCUGUAAUAGAAUAUUUAAAUGGAGCACCUAUCAAGAGUACAAAGUUAGAAGCUUCUAAUGAAACUAUCACUGAAGAAGAAAAUUCUAAAGAAGUGAUAAAAACAACAACUGAAGCUGAAUUACCUAAUUUAAAUGGUACUACAAUUAUCGGUCCAAUUACACUAAUCGACAAUGUUAAUGACCAAAAUGAAAGUAGUAUACGAAUACCAUUAAUUGAACCCACGCAGAUCACAUCGCUGAUUCUAAACACCAAAAGUACCGAUACGCCUUCUAUUAGUAUUAUUAUCAAUGAAUCUACCAAAGGUACUACUACACAACUAGUUACUACCAGCACUACUGCACGCCCGUCUACCUAUACAACUCCAAAUGAUACCAAAAGUGUAGUACUUGAAACUGUCAGUAUCGUACCACCUUCUUCCACGACAUUAAAAAAACCAGAAAGUACUACUGAGGAUAAGCCUAUAGCCACACAACUAAAUAUAUUACGAACUACAGAACAAUCCACAAUUAAACCACUGACUGUGACAACUAAAAGUCCAACGACAACAGUUCACUCAACGUCUCCAAAAGUGGUAUUAGGUACUUCAAAAGAGCCAGAGACGAAAACCAACUGGACUUUGGUACCGACUAUUGCACCUCACAGUGGAAACACUUUUGAAAAUCCUCUGUCUUCUGUAGAAACUUAUCCAGAAAUUUUAGAACCGUCUCAAAUUAUUGACUUAAAAGCUGAACCUUUCAGUGGUUUUGGUCUGGAAGACAGUACUUCUGCGUUAGAAAGAGAUAUCUAUCAAUUUUCUCAGUUAUACAAUGAACUGGCAUUUGAUUUUUGGAAGACUAGCACUAAUACUUUAAGUCAUGCUAGAAGUGUUGUUGUGUCACCUUUCGGGGCUAUCUCUUUGUUGGCGAUGAUUUUCUUAGGAGCCAGAGGUUCUACAUCAGCAGAAAUGAAUGAAUUACUAAAACUAGAUGACAUGAUAACUUUCAAUCCUCAUUUGGUGCUUAAAAACGUUGGUGAAUCAAUCGUACCUGAAGAGAAAGGAUCUGGUAUCGUAACAUCUGCUAUUAUCCGAGAAAUGUUUAGCGAUAAAGGCAAAGGAAAGAUUUUACCAUUCUACAAGGAAAGAGUACGAGCGUUUUAUGAUGGAUACGUUGAAGAAGUCAACUUUUCAGAAAUUGGGGACAUUAUAAGAAGAAGGACGAAUUUACAAGUGAAGAAGCAUUCUUCUGGAAGAAUCCCAGAAUUCCUGACUGAUAUGUCCGUUGCUGGAAAACCACCUCUAUUAGGACUUAGUGUUAAUGUUUUCCAGACAGAUUGCAGUAUUACUUCAGCCGAAGAAAGAGAUAGUGAAAUGCAUUUUACUGUGCUUCCCAGCAUAAGACAAAGAAGACUUGUUCCAAUACCUGCGGCUCUUUAUAGAUCAGGAUUUUUGGCAGGCUACGAAGCAAGCUUGGAUGCCACAGCAGUAGCUAUCGGAGAUAAGACCAAAACUGUUAGUACUAUUUUCGUGAUGCCUGGUCAACAAGGUAUGCCUGCUCCUGGAGAUGGGUUAGCGAGAUUAGAGAAGAGUCUAGUUGAAAGCUCUGUUAAAAAAGGAGCCUGGUCGAGACUUUUGCGUUCACUGAUACCACGAGCAGGCCUUGAAGUACAGAUUCCCAAAAUAGUCCACAGAUCAGUCAUCAACACCACUUUUGCGCUCAGCAAGAUGGGAUUCACAGAACUUUUCAACAAAGAAAAAGCUGAUCUUAUGGGCAUGAAUGGAGUGCCUAAUGAGCUUUAUCUUUCAGAUAUUAUCCAGCUUAAUCAGUUUACGACGUGUGGUGAACGCAGAUCAGACCAUCAUUCAGAGAUCUAUCCAAAUAGAUCCGGGCGAAACGGAAAAUUACUGUCAUUUAUGCAGAUGGACGAUCACUUCGCGAGGGAUCUUACGUCUAGCGAUUUCCAGGAUCCCCUUCACGACCUCAGCUAUCUGGACUUGCCACUGCCCCUGAGGCCAAGACAGGCAAGAAAACCCGAGCUUCCGAGGCUCAAAUUUGACAGACCUUUCCUCUACUUUGUUAGGCAUAAUCCUACGGGAUUGAUUUUGCAUAUAGGUAGAUUUAAUCCCAGACUGUUGCCGUGAGAAAGUGGUUUUAGAUGUAGGUUUAAAGUAUUGUAUGUAAACCGUGUGACAGCUGAAGUUUUGGCGAAGUGGCAGAUCUAGUAACAUUGAAAAGUAUUACUUAGAUAUUUUUAAAUAAAUCUCAGUAUUGUGGCUUUAGUAUUACCAAAACUUUAGUUUGUUAGUUUGUAAAUGUGUGGAUGAGGUAUUAAGUUAGUUUUUUGUUACUAGCUGGUAGGUAGUACCGCACAAUAAUGGUUAGUUCUUUGCCAUUUUGGCAGCAUAGCAAUUUAAGUACAUAUUUGUUUGUCAUUAAUUACAAAGUGAAAUCGGGAUAGUUCUCGGGAGUUGGCUCUACAUACCUAUAUCAUUUAGCUAAAGUGUGGCGACACUGUGACGCAUGCUAGUGUGGCAACACUGUGACGCACAAACAUAAGAUUCAGCUGUGGGUUACAUAGGGUGCACUAAUAUCCAAGCUGUCCAAAACUUUAACAUCGAAAUAAAAAAGCUUCUGUUAUAAUAACUGGUACAAGUUUUUAAUUAAAAAUUAAAUUAAAAAUUAAAAUUGAUUACAAUAGUUGUUCCGAAGGAAAGUUUUGGGACUUCAGUGACAUUUGAUACUACAGUGGAACCUCGUUAACUCGGAUUAAUCGGGACCGCGGCCGAUCCGGGUUAUCGAAAAUCCGGAUUAGCCGGAGAAAAUGGUAAAAAUCAAUAAAAUACGGUAUACUUACAGAUAAACUCCGUUAUAAUUGAAAUAACAUGAAAUAUAUAUGAACAGUACACAUCUUAAUUACGUAUCAAUUACGACUUUAUCAAUUCUACCUAUAAUGCUUCUAGUUUCUUUUCCAUUGUAACAUUUUUACGUUUUGUUGCCAUUAAGUAGACAAAAAAAAACACGCAAACACAAAAUCUGAAUAGAUUUACGAACGAUUACAGAACGGAAGCGAACAAUAUGACUGUUACUACACACAAUACGGUCUCAAUCGCAACGAUGUUAUGUUAUUUAAUAACAGUGAAGACUAAGACCAUUGUUUAAAAAAUAAUUUUUUAAUAGUCUUUUAGUCUUUAUUAAACAAUUCUAAAACAGUUUGAAAUAAAUAAAGCAUACUACAGGUGCUUGUUGUUUCCGAUAACACGACAAUGAAUGUCGUGUGCCAUGAGUCAUUUUUACUAUCGUAUAUGUAGUUGAAAUUACACAAAUACCCAUUAUCUCUCAAAUAUUAUAUUACAUACAUUUUUAUUGAUGAAAUGUUUGUCUGAUAAAAAUCGGUCCGGGUUAGCCGGACUUCCGGGUUAUCGGGGGCCGACUUAUCGGGGUUCCACUGUAAUAACUUCAAAUCCAAACUAGUUAACAAAUUAAACAGUGGCUGGGUUUAAAUUGAAGACUACAAACUCAAAGUAUUAAAUUAAACGACCUGACGUCAAUGAAAAUCGAUACAACUGUACGGGAACAGCAUGUACCAUUAGGUACUUGAAAUAGCAAUUACCCCUGGAACUGACUUACAACCGGAACUGAGUUGGUAGGCUAUUGCAGACUAUUACAUAUAUUGAAGUCCAAACCAGAUGUCGUUGUUAUUUCAAGUAGUGAAUGCUAUUCCCGUACAGACCAGGACGCAUCUGUAAAAAUAUUAGUACAUUUGGACGUUGAGAUGUGACUUAAAUUUUUUUGCAGAAAUUGCUUGAAAAUAACUCAAAUAAUAAUAUUUGAGUUAUCCUCUCUCUCAAAAAGGUCCGGAACAUUGUUUAAAUAGUCAAAAUGUCAAAAAUAAAGGAAAAAUUCGAUUUUUUUCUUCGUUUUUUGAUUAUAACUUUAAAAGUAUUAAUUUCCGAGAUAAGUGGCACUGCCAUAAAAGUUGCGUAAUUAAAUUUCCUAUAAUAUAGAAUUGGUUAAAAAUUUAAAAAAUAGUCUCCCUUGUUGCAAAUAGCAAUAAUUGCGAAAAAACCAUACAAAAACAAUCAUUCGCAUUUUACGUUUUUCAAUCACUUAUGCUACACUUAGGACCUUCAUAUUUCAUCCAGAAAAACUUUAUGAUACAGUAAAACAAUACUGUAAAUUUCAUUAAGAUCGGUUCAAUAGAUUUUGCAAAAUAAAUUUUAAAAUCCAGCUUUUGCAAAAAAAAUUCAUUUUUUCAAAAUGUUACAGGACUGAAAAUAAAGCUGAACAAAUAAAGCUAAAUAAGACUGAAAUUUUUUUGCUUAUAGAAGUGUACUGUACUUUCAUUUGCAAUUUACAAAACUAAAAUCGAUUAACUACCACGGCGUCAGGAAUUUUUUUAAAUAAACAUUAAUUAUUGGUGCUACGCGCACGACAGCGGAUAGUUUGCUCUAAUUGGGCAUUCCAUUGACCUUUGAUAAUGAUUGAUACAUUUUUAAUUUUUAUUACAUUUCGAUAUAAAUAAAUAAAUUUGUUUAUUGCAAAAUAAAAACACAUACCCUAUCCUUUGAAAUACCACUUUUUUUAGCAAAAACUUUCUUUGUUCAUAUACCUAUUUUCACUUAGAGAAUAAAAGUUUAUUAUUUUUAAACAUAUGCGAUUGUUUAAACAAUAUUUCACAAACAAUAAUAAAAUUAGUUUGAUUUUUGUGGAAUUAAAACAUUAAAAUACAACAAAGUAUAGAGUAAGAAAAUAAUAUAUUAGAUAAAGAUUGGAAGAAAUUUUGGUGGAAAUCAACUUGUGUGAAUCGAACACCGCUGUCCUGCGCGUAGCACCAAAAGUUAAUGUUUAUUUAAAAAAUUUACUGACGCCGUGGUAAUUAAUCGAUUUUAAUUUUGCAAAAUGCAAAUGAAAGGUACAGUACACUUCUAUAAGCAAAAAAAAUUCAACUUGCUAUCUGCUUUAUUUUCAGUCCUGCAACAUUUAAAAAAAAACGAAUUUUUUUUGCGAAAGCUGGAUUGCAAAAUUUAUUUUGCAAAAUCUAUUAAACCGAUCUUAAUGAAAUUUACAGUGUUGUUUUAAUAUAUCAUAAAGUUUUUCUGGGUAAAAUAUGAAUGUCCAAAGUGUAGCAUAAAUGAUUGAAAAACGUAAAAUGCGAAUACUUGUUUUUGUAUGUUUUUUUUCGCAAUUAUUGCUAUUUUGCAACAAGGGUGACUAUUUUUAAAAUUUUUAACCAAUUCUAUGUUAUAGGAAAUUUAAAUACACAACUUUUAUGUCAGUACAACUUUUCUCAGAAAUGAACAGUUUUAAAGUUAUAAUGAAAAAACCAAUAAAAAUCGAAUUUUUCCUUCAUAUUUUGACAUUUUGAUUAUUUAAACAAUGUUCCGGACCAUUUUGAGUGGGAGGAUAACUCAAAUAUUAUUAUUUGAAUUAUUUUCAAGCAAUUUCUGCAAAACAAUUUGAGUCACCCUCACAACGUCCAUCUCAAAACAGAUGCGCCCUGGACUAGUGUAGAUUUAUCCAUUUUCAUCGACUCCAUCUCGUUUAAUUUAAUGCUUUUAAGUAUGUAGUUAACAAUUUAAACCCGAUCACUGUUUGGUUUUGCGAUUAUUAACGCAAGAACUUCAAAAUUCACUGAAGAUGGACUGAUUGUUAAAUUUUUUUAAUUACAAAGUAUUUCACAAAUGAUGCAUUUCUCGAAAGGGGUUUUCGAACACGAUUUAGUUUUCACCCAUUAUUAAUUUAAUAUCAUUCGGACAUCUUCAUUCACAACAUGUAUGUAUGGUUUUAGGUAAGUAUUUUAAAAAGACUUGAGGAUUAAAGUACAAUUGAAACAUUUAAAGAAAAACUGUUCUUGUAUUUUAAGGGAGAGUCUGUACUGAAUGUAAGAUUUGUUAAAUAAUGUAUGUUUAAUUUAUUUUAUUUUUUUUUUGUAAAAAUCAAAAGAUCUGAUUUUUUUUAUAUGUUAUAUGUAUAAUAUAGUGAGUAUCUCAAACACUGGAUCUAUAAAAAUAAAAAUUAUUACUUA